UUUUGUUCUUCUGAGCAAAACAUAAAAAAGGACAAAAAGUGAGUGAGUGAUGCUGCUGGUCAGUCUGUUCAGGGGUCAGAACACAACAUGAGCAGAGAGCUGAGCUUCAGUUAAAACAGGAUGAAAACCUUUUAAACCUCAAGCCAGUUUUCCUGUCCCACAUCGCCCCUGGUUGGUUUUCACACCUGGUUGUGGCCCGUCAGUCAAAGCAGCAGGAUUAAUACAAACCCUGUGGGUUUACGUUGGCGCCUCCGCCUGCAGAUCUUCACGUUUUCACUUUUCAGAAGUCCAGCUUGAGGUUCAGAGCGGCCUCACGCUGAGAUUUGCUCUCCACAGACUUUAUGGAAGCUGUAAAACGUUUCAAACGGCCUUCCUGAGAGAAGCCUCUUCUCUCCCGGGGUGAAAAUAUAAUUGAUCGUGUUGUCUCUCUCGAUCUGAGGUUAAUUGUGACGGUCACGGUUCAGCCGGCGCUUGGCUUGAAGAAUAGCCCGGUGUGAAAGGAGAGAUGGACAGGUUUAUUAAUGGAGGAGGACUUUGUUUGGUUGCUGCUGCCAUUGAUUGGAGGUAAUAAGUAACCGCGGACACGUCAGCCACGUUGGGAAGUGAAGGUGAUCAGGAGCAGAAAGGGAAAGGCCAGCGGGCAGGUGAGCGCGCACCGGAGAGGCGCCGCGUGGCGCAUAUCUGAGCACAGCGACGCAAUGCGCGUGCGGCUCGCGAUUGGGCCAGAAAAAAAUCACACCACUAAUGAAGGACCUAAUUAAGAAACAACCCCCCACCUCCUCCUUACUGGUGCGCGUGCACAGGCCACCUUCACACAGAGACACAAAUAUACCCCCACCCAACACCACCCAGCACCACCCAACACCACCCAGCGCCCCUCGAGCUACACAGGAUUUGGUCAAUAUUUAAAGAAGAGGCAGAAGAAGAAGAAAAGGGAAAUAUAUGCGAUGUUUGUCCGGUUAUGUUUGAUGUGUGGAGAGAAAAGCGUGUGUGUGUGGUGUGUGUGUGGAGGGAGGAGACAGAGUAUUGUGUAUGGGACCAUGUGGGCGCGCGCCCAGCCAAGAGAGGCGCGCGCACGCUGUUAUUGAGGGGAGAGCAGGUGCUGGGCGAAUUACCAUACAGCUGAGGGGGAGAAGGAGAGAGCAAACUUAUUCCUUCAGCACACACACAAUAACAAAAGUUCCCCCUCAUGUUGGCCACGCGAGCGACUCCGGAGCGCGCGCGCACGCUUGCACGCACACACACAUCCAUGGACAUGGCACACACACACACACACGCGUUCCCCCCUCCCUCCCUUAAUCUUAGCCCGCAGAAGGAGAAGAAGGGGAGAGCAAAAUGGAAAAGCAGGAGUCCAGCCCCUGCAGCAGUUCAGCGCAGCACACAGCUCUGCCAAGGAAUGUUUUCUUUAGAGUCGAUUCAAAGCACCAAAUUCUUCCCACAACCAGAAAAUACCAAAAUCCAGAGGGUGUGUGUGUGUGUGUGUGUGUGUGUGUGCGCGCGCGCGUGCAGAGGACGAAAAGAGGGAGGAAGAGCAGGAGGAGGAGGAGGGGUGUAAACAAUUAACUGAGUCAGGUUUUGACCGAGAAACAUUUUUGUUGUUGUUGUUUCUUGGCACUUUAUCCAAAACAUCUUAAGAUGCCCAGAAACAAAGAGUCCAGUGAGGCAGCAGCUGGAGGGAUCAGUUCAGCCGCAUGUCAUCGAUAUCCAGCCAGAACUGGUCGGACCUCUUUGCGUUCAGAUGGAUCUGUAGACGCGUUUAUGUUGGAGGAAACUUCUCUGCAAACACCAGCAACAGCAAAAAGUUUAUUCGCUCCCACUCCUGUUAAAGUUAGUGCCCCCCCAGGACGCUCCCGUAAACAUGAGGCAUGUCUGAAAGGAUUCUUUAAAACCACCUUAAGCGAAUCCCUGUCCCUCAGCAGGCUCUCUGGAGUCUCCCAGCACCUGCAGGAGCCGCGCAGCUUUCUUUUAAAGUUUCACUUCUUAUUUGGUCGAAAUGCUUCCACACGUCUCCAUUUUUGGGGGGUUCAGACUUUAACGUUGUGUGUGCUGGGGUAAAGGGAGGCUGCUGGGGCACUUGCGUGGGAUCCCAUUGUGGUGAGCCAGGCCAGAUUGGGAGGUGAAGUCGGGGAGGAGGAGGAGGAGGAGGAGGAGGGGGGCCAUUUGCAUGUUAUUACCAUAGCAUGUGUCAGGCCGUAUAUAACAGGCUGCAGGCGGCCUUGGCUGGAGACAGACGCACAGUUCACAGUGAGAAAAGACAUUAGGAGGAAGAAGGAAGCAUGUUGGACCAGUGACAAAUCCGUCCUUGGGUUAGACCAAGACCUUCACACACACACACACACACACACAAAAAACGGCUUCCUAAAAUUCGUCACAAAACAAAACAAGGAACCCAUCUUUGCUCUUCUGCCUUUACGCACUGGAUUAACGCUUCGUAACGGAACUGGAGGACUUCUCUGUUUGUGCUCUCCGCAGCGCACGCACACACAAGUUCACAAGUCUUGUUUUGUGAUCUGUUUUUUUUUCAUUAUCACGUUGAAGGUUUGGGAUUUAUCCUGUUUUUUGUUCCUCGGGACAUGAAUGAGAGCGGCGCGGCUGACAGCGGCAGCAGUUGAUGAGAAAACCCCGUGAGGCGACAGAAACGUGCUCAAUGCAUCUUCCUCAGCGGGAUUGAACAGGAGGAGGCACCCUGAGGACAAGCCGAGCCCCGAGACUUUUUAACUCUAUUUAUUUAUUAUUUAUUAUGUAUUUAUUUAAUAUGGGGCGCGUCAUCCUGCUGACUCUUGCCGUCAUGUCCAUGUUGCUGUGCCAGGGGUUCUGCUCCGGAGUUUUUGAGCUGAAGUUGCAGGAGUUCCUGAACAAGAAGGGAGUGCAGGGCAACAAAAACUGCUGUAAGGGAGGCCUGACCGCGUCCUUCCAGCAGCAGUGCGAGUGUCAAACCUUCUUCAGGAUCUGUCUCAAGCACUACCAGCCCAACGCCUCCCCGGAGCCUCCGUGCACCUACGGCGGCGCCGUGACGCCCGUGCUCGGCUCCAACUCGUUCCAGGCGCCCGAUGCCAUCCCGGAGAGCUCAUUCACUAACCCCAUCAGGAUUAACUUCGGCUUCACGUGGCCGGGGACCUUCUCGCUGAUCAUUGAGGCAUUACACACCGACUCCAAAGACGACCUCUCCACAGAGAACCCAGACCGCGUUAUCAGCACCAUGACCACCCAGAGGCACCUGACGGUGGGAGAGGACUGGUCUCAGGACCUGCACACCAGCGGCAGGACGGAGCUCAAGUACUCGUACCGCUUCGUGUGUGAUGAGCACUACUACGGGGACGGCUGCUCGGUGUUCUGCCGGCCGAGAGACGACGCCUUCGGCCACUUCACCUGCGGAGAGCGCGGCGAGAUUGUGUGCGACGCCGGCUGGAAGGGGCAGUACUGCACCGAGCCCAUCUGCCUGCCAGGCUGCGACGAAGAGCACGGCUUCUGCGAGAAACCCGGAGAGUGCAAGUGCAGAGUGGGAUUCAAAGGCCGCUACUGCGACGAGUGCAUUCGUUACCCGGGCUGCCUCCAUGGGACCUGCCAGCAGCCCUGGCAGUGCAACUGUCAGGAGGGCUGGGGGGGACUCUUCUGCAACCAAGAUCUCAACUACUGCACUCACCACAAGCCCUGCAUGAAUGGAGCCACUUGUAGCAACACUGGUCAGGGCAGCUACACCUGUUCCUGCAGACCCGGCUUCACUGGGGCCAGCUGUGAGAUCCAGGUCAACGAAUGCGCUGGAAACCCCUGCCGCAACGGAGGGAGCUGCACUGAUUUGGAAAACACAUAUACCUGCACUUGCCCUCAUGGUUUCUAUGGCAACAACUGUGAGCUGAGCGCCAUGACGUGUGCCGACGGGCCCUGCUCCAACGGUGGUCGCUGUGCUGACAACCCAGACGGAGGCUACUUCUGCCAAUGCCCCACAGGAUACGCAGGGUUCAACUGCGAGAAGAAGAUUGACCACUGCACCUCCAGCCCCUGCUCCAACGGUGCGCGUUGUGUGGAUCUUGUCAACUCGUACCUGUGCCAGUGUCCAGACGGUUUCACUGGUAUGAACUGUGACCACACUGGGGACGAGUGCUCUACGUACCCUUGCCAAAACGGUGGGACGUGCCAGGAAGGUCCUGACGGCUACACCUGCACCUGCCCACCAGGAUACACCGGCCGCAACUGCAGUUCGCCCAUUAGCCGCUGUGAACACAACCCUUGCCACAACGGUGCUACCUGCCACGAGAGAAACAACCGCUACGUGUGCGCAUGUGUUCCUGGCUACGGUGGAAGAAACUGCCAGUUCUUGCUUCCAGAGCACGCCGCGAUCCGGGGCUCAGAGGUGCCCUGGAUGGCCGUCGGGUCUGGUGUAGCCCUGGUGCUGCUGCUGCUGGCAGGAUGCGCCGUACUUGUUGGAUUUUUCCGAUCAAAAGCCCAGCGUGGCGGUCAAAUAGAAACCGCUGGCGAGGGAGAGACGAUAAAUAACCUGACCAACAACUGUCACCGCAGUGACAGGGACCUGGCGGUCAGCGUGUUGCCAACACCAGGCGUCAAAAAUAUCAACAAGAAGAUGGACUUCUGCAGCGGCGACCCUGAUGAAGGAUCUUCGCCGGGGAGGAGCGGCUACAAGAGCCGCCACCCGCCCGCAGACUACAACCUCGUACACGAGGUCAACUACGAGCAGGCGGCUAAAGAGGCCAUGCUGGAGGCAGCCUGCGAGGACAAGUGCCAAUCCCUGGACUCAUUUGAGUUUGAGGAGAAGCGCAGCAAACGUUUAAAAUGCGAUGCAUCAGAAAAGAAAGCCCCAGAAAUGUCUGCAUGUGCGGACACCAAGUACAAAUCUGUGUUUGUGAUGUCAGAGGAGAAGGACGAAUGUAUAAUUGCAACUGAGGUGUAACGAGCCACCGUCGGGCUGCCCGUUGCUCAUUUGCUCUAUGGGAGAGUUUUUGUACUCCUUCAGAUGCUGCUCUAACCCUAGGGGGAGGUGUCCCGCCUUGAGACUGCUGCUGAUACUGAGACGUUUAACUGAUAUUCAGAGUGAGCUGGUUCUCUACUGGAAACUAAGCGCAGGCAGCGGCGGCCUGUGGGAUAAGAACUGGCAGGGUAAAGAAAAACGUUUAAAAAGUUUACGGUUGAAAGUAAACUGCCACUUAGCUUUCAGUUCUGCUUUUUUUCCCCCUUUUUUUAAAAAAAAAAAUAAAAAUAAAAAUAAGAUAUAAACGGACGCCGACUCGUGGCGAAGAUGUGCGAUGCUACGAGUUUUGUUUUUGCAACAUUUGCACCCAGGCCUUUUCUCUAACCCACACGCCGUUGCUGAGCGCAGGAACUGCAUCAAACGGUGGAUGUUUGGCCAUACUGGCCUGUUCUUCACGAGGCUGUUCACGUGGGCUGUGCUCCCAUCACCACACCUGUGAAGACUGUAUGUAUACUUGAUCACUGUGUUAACUGAAGUGCGUUUUCCCUCCAAACCAUUUAUGACAUAGUAUUGUUCAUUCUCUUUUGUUUCUUCUUUUGGGACAUGAAAACUUUGUCUUAAUUAAAAAAAAAAUGUUGCUUUUUGAUACAGAUUGUCCUUUUGUAAAAUAAAUAAAGAAAAAAAAGAAGAAAAAAGAUUUAAAAUUAUGAUUUAAUUUAAGUUAAUUUAAUUAAUUUUGUGUUAUUUUUAUUUUGUAUUGUAUAUUUGUGAUGUUUGUUAUGAUUAUUUAAGUUGGCUUUUUUUAAUGAUGAUAUUUGCAAAGGCACUUCAGGUCAAUGGGACUUUUCUUUCUUUUUUUUUUUUU